AUGACUCCCGGCACAAAACGAACAAUAAUCACAUCAAAAACUACGGGUCGACGUUAUUUUCUGGUCCGUUCCGCUCAUCGACCAAGUGGUCGACGGUAUUAUGUUUGUACUAAUCCAACAUGUAAAGCGCGUGUAUCACGUGAAGCAGAUUUAUAUUGUAAAGCUCAUGCACAAGAUCAACCAGAACAACAACAACAACAACUAGAAAAUGAUGAUACUGCUGAUAUUUCAACGAAAUCUGAUCCUAUUGAUGAAAAUGAUAUUGAAGAUAAUGGUGAAGUUUUAGAAGAAGAAACGUCAACGAAAACACGAAAAAAUACAAAAACAGACUCAAAUCGUGUAGAACAAGUAGAAGAAACUGAAAAUAAUGAUUCUCCGAAUAAACACAACACUGAAGAAGUGAAUGAUAGUAAUCCAACAGAUAGUUCAACACCACUUUCACCUAAUUCUCAAACUAACCGUCAAGUUCAAAUUGAUGAGAAAACAGGUACACGUACUUUUCGUGAUAGUUCUGGCCGUCGUCGAUAUCUUUGUGCGCAACUGCCUUGUGCAAAUAUCCUGAGACGUCAAUCAGAUAUAUUUUGCCGUUUACAUAUGCCUACAGAAAAAACUGACGAUAACAGUAAAAGAACGAGUCGAACUUCAAAGCGUAAAUCAGCUCCACCCGUAUCAAAUCAACCGAAAAAAAAUCGCUAUCGUUCACCCUUUCAAACUCCAGUCACAACAACAACAUCAUCAUCACCGCCACCGUCCGCAGCACCACCAGCAGCACCAGAAAAUGGUACUAAUGGAAGUCAAUCCGAUGAAUAUGAAACACCAAAAAAAUCCAAUACACCACAACGAAUCGGUACAACUCGAACAUUUCGAGAUGCAUCGGGUAAAUUACGUUUUCUUUGUUCAAUAACUACAUGUCACAGUCGUGUACCUCGACAAAGUGAAUUAUAUUGUAAACGACAUCAACAAGAAGCUCAAAAUAAACAAUCCGAAAGUAGUACUACGCAAUCAUCAACUACAAAUGGUACUAAUAAUGAAGAAAAAAGUAAUAAUCAACUCGAAGCAAUGGAUGUACAAAUUGAUAAAACCACUUCAUCUCGUCAAACCACAUCCGAUGUACCAGUUCAAUCUGAAACUAAAAAACGAAAACGUGAAUCUUCAAUAUCUCUCUCCUUAAUUCCAGCAAAUCAAAUUGUUAUUGCAACAACUACUCUACUCGAUGAUCAAUGGACUGAUGUUCUUUCAUUUAUUCGUCAAUUUCCUCAAGUUCAAUUAUCAACAAAUUUAAAUGUAAAUAAUUUAACUACACAUCUACUUGUCGAUGAUAGUGAAAAUCAUUUACAUUGUACAAUAACAAAAAAAAUUGUUCAAGCAGCUGUACGUCAACAUAUAUUUAUAAUCUCAUCACGAUGGUUAAAUGAAUGUAUACGUUUAAAUACAUUUAUUGAUGAACAUUCAUAUGAAAUUCAAAGUGAUUCUCAUACAACACUUCGUUUAUCGAAACAAGAUUUAAAUUUAACGAAUAAAUAUUUAUUUUCACCAACAUCACAAUCAUUAUAUGCAUUUGCAAUUGAAUGUCGACAAUGUCAAGGUUCAAUAAAUCGUAGUGAAUUAAUUGAAUUAAUACAAUUAACAGGUGCACAAUUAUUUCAAAUGGAACAAGCCGUUGAUAUACUAAUUGUUUUAUGUGAUACCAAUGAUAAAAAUUUAAAUAAAAUUAAAGAAAAAUAUAUUCAAGCACCAGCAUCAAAUAUAAAAUAUGUAACAAGUGAUUUUUUACUUAAAUCAAUUAUUAAAUUUGAAAUACAAGAUAUUGACAAAUAUUCAUUAUAA